AUGCGCCUCCUCACUCUCGUUCCCGCUCUGCUCCUCUCCAUCGCGUGUCUUCCCUCAGCCACGCCUAGAGCAGACUCCGCGUCCACCCUCGAAACCCGCGAAAGCGCGACCAAUCUCCUGCUAGACGGCCUCUCCAGUAUUUUGCUAGACGACAACUCGUCUCACCUCACAAAGCGCCAAAACACAACCUCAUCCUCAUCGAGUCCUCCACCCAUCGGCGACGCUCUCGACGACCUCCUAAACGGCGGCUUCUUCGGCGAACUCCUCGACCUCCUCCGUGACUCGGAGAAUAUCUUUACCCCCGAGUGGAAUGAUCGGUUUGGGGAGUUAGUUGAUAGUGUUGCGCCGUUGGCAUACUACGUCGGCCAAUUCCUCGGCUGGUUCCUGAACUCGAUUCUCAACGGUGGAUUCGGCGGUGGUGGCGAACUCCCACCGCUUCCAACAUCCGCGCCCUCGCCGACAGGGACGUCGCAACCGGGCUUCGAGUGGCCGGACUUUGACCUCGACUGGCCAACUGGCAGUGGCGACGGGCCGACGCCUACAGGGACCGAAAGCCCCGCGCCGACAUCUGAUUCGGAUUCGGAUUCCCCGGGGUUCGAUUUUGAUUUCGAUUUUCCUGGUUCCUCGGGCGGGGAGACGGACGAUCUAGGUAGUCCGACGGAGACCGGUACGGGUGAUGAUGAAGGGAUCGAUAUCGAUAUCCCGACUGGAACGACUCCGGAUGAUGCGCUGUUUACGGGCGCUGCGGCUACUCCACGGGUAGGUGGUCUUGCAGCGGCUUCAGCCGGGUUGGCGGUCUUCCUUGGGUUCGCUGUGCUGGGAUAA